CCCUUUUAUGUUGCGUUUUGCAUAAUUUACUAUCGGAAUUCACUUUUUCAUCUUGGCAUUUAUUUCCUGAAAAUUUCCAUUCUAUGCGUCGCAACCAAAUUAAAGCUUUUAAGUUUUCAUCAUACGCUAAGCAGUCUUGUGAUUCAUACUGAAACCAUUCUUUGCAUUUUUUAAUUCAUGAAUGUAAUUUAAACUAUUUUAUGGCUCAAGCUUUCAACAGUAGCUUAUUUUGAACCUUACGCUUUUGUGUACGCGCAAAUACCAUUUACGCCAGUUGGUCUUUUUAACGUAUUGAGCAGUCUUGUGAUUCAUACUGAAACCAUUCUUUGCAUUUUUUAAUUCAUGAAUGUAAUUUAAACUAUUUUAUGGCUCAAGCUUUCAACAGUAGCUUAUUUUGAACCUUACGCUUUUGUGUACGCGCAAAUACCAUUUACGCCAUUACAAAAGUUAACGUAACAACAUGGUUCUUCUCUCUGCUCUCCGAAAACUCCGGAAAAGUUCCGAUCGCGACCUCAAACUCCUCCUUCUGGGCCUGGACAACGCGGGCAAAACGACAAUCCUCAAACUCGUCGCCAACGAGGAUCCCAUUGUAACACCAACUCAAGGAGUCAAUGUCAAGUCGGUCCAGAAAGACGGCUUCAAAAUGACCAUUAUCGAUGUCGGAGGUCAGAAAAAUCUGCGACCAUUUUGGCGAAAUUACUUCGAUGGAACUGAUGUUUUGGUGUACGUCGUUGACAGUCACGACACAAAACGACUUCAGGAAUCGGCCGAUUGUUUUUUGGACUGUUUGGACGAAAGCAAACUUGACAAAGUGCCAGUGUUGGUUCUGGCUAACAAACAAGAUUUGAAAGGAGGAGCUUCAGUUGACCAGAUUAAGAAGAGUUUUGAUCUGGCGGAUUUGACCGAGCGACAGUGGACACUUCUGCCCAGUUCGGCAGUCGGGUCUGGCAAGGGGAUCCAAGAAGGCUUUGAGUGGGCAGUGAAACACGCCAAGUGAAUAGCAAAUCUCAACCAAACAAAAAUACAUUUUAAAUUUAAUAUACUAUUUUGAAGAAAAAAAAUAUUGUAAAUUUCGAUAAUUUCGUUAUAAAUUUAAAAUGAAAAUUUUUUUGAAGUAAUAUAAUCUACAAAGAUCA